AAUGCGCUGUUUUUUUUUUAUGUCCUUGUGGUUAGUAAUAAAUCCUGCCCCCACUGGAAGCGGUUCCCUGGAGUCUACUUAAGAAAUGGAGCAACCAAACUUCCCUGAAAAGGUUUUUUAGAGCUGAUCUACUUUGAACGUCGCUAUUAGCCACCCUGAGAUUAUCAAAUGUUUCAAAUCCUUCAAACUGGAGUAUUUUUACUAAGAAAAACCUACAACACAACCCGGUACAGGAGUUGCUCAAGCUUUGCAAAGAUGAUGCAGGCAGUUUGCGUUGAUGUCCCAGGAGGACCAGAGAAUCUGGUGCUGCGGUCCAUCCCAAGACCUGAACCUAAAGAUGGAGAGGUCCUGAUAAAAGUCCAUGCAGCUGCCCUCAACAGAGCAGACUUAUUACAGAGAAGAGGUUUGUAUCCUCCUCCUGCAGGUGAAAGUGAUAUCAUAGGUCUGGAGGUAGCUGGAACUGUGGACACUCUGGGUCAGAGACUAAAGCGGAACUGGAAACCAGACGACAGGGUGAUGGCUUUGCUGUGCGGAGGAGGAUAUGCUGAGUAUGUUUCUGUAUCCGAGGAGCUGUUAAUGCCUGUUCCCAACAACCUCACGUUCUGCCAGGCUGCUGCCGUCCCAGAGGCUUGGCUCACUGCUUUCCAGCUGCUGGUCUUUAUAGCGCAGGUAAAAGCAGGUGAAGUUGUGUUAGUUCAUGCUGGAGCCAGCGGCGUGGGAACGGCUGCUGUUCAGCUGCUCCGUCUGUUUGGUGCUGUGCCCAUCGUGACCGCGGGGAGCCAAGAGAAGCUGCAGAUGGCUGAGGAGCUGGGAGCAGCGGCCGGAUUCAACUACAAGGAGGAGUGCUUUAUGCAGGGAGUUCAUAGCUUUUCAGGAGGAAAAGGAGCAAAUGUGAUCCUGGACUGCGUUGGUGGGAGUAACUGGGAGAAAAAUUUGAGUUCCCUGGCCGUGGAUGGCAGAUGGGUGCUGUACGGCACCAUGGGAGGCAGGACGGUGGAGGGAGACCUGCUGGGAAAGCUGCUGUCCAAGCGAGGUCACCUCCUUUGCAGCCUCCUUCGCUCUCGCAGCCUUCAGUAUAAAGCAGAGCUGAUUCAGGCUUUUGAGGAAAGGGUGUUGCCAUAUUUCUCAGGGCAGGCUGCCACCCUGAGGCCAGUGAUCGACAGCACAUUUAAAAUGGAGGACGUUGCAGAGGCUCAUAGACACAUGGAAGCAAACAGAAACAUGGGCAAGAUUAUUAUCAAUGUGACUCCAAGUGAGGAAAACCUCCACCAUUAAUACCUACUGAUGUGAUGCACCUUGAAAGUGUUGAUUUCCCUUAACUCAGAAAAUGUUUUCUUGUUUUUCAUAUGGUUGACUCAGUAAUAAAAUGGUCUGAAUGUGA